GAUAGACAAUAAAAACCAGCUCCUGUCAACACUUUGUGUGCACACUGCUGUGCUGCUUUUCUGCGUCACACAGCACUGCUGGCACUUCAAUAUGGUGCUCGUUAGCUCAGCCUGUUGGGUUAGCAUAUGUACUUCUUUUUCCUUUGCUUAAACAAAAGGCUCUAGAAAUAACAAAGAACCCAACUCCCUGAAUUACUGAUGAAUGUAUUCUCUCUCUUGGACACUUUCCUGGAAAAGAAGCGCACUUUACCCUUGUUAAUAUGUUGUCUUUAAAAUUUGAUGUCUCUCAGUAAGCAAUGGACAUGCAUUAAUACUGAGUAUUUUUCACUCACGUGGAUUUUUUCCCUUUCCAAACAAAUUAUGUACAUUGCUCUCUAUUUGCCUUGCUAUCUGUAUAAGAAAAAAACCACAACACAACCUCCUCAAGAAAUAAGCAGUAACAGUCAUUGCAGGAUAUUAAAGUGGUAUGAGCUACAAUUACUGUUCAGCAUUCUUUAUUUUCUUGCACCGUGAUCUUUUGAAGACCAAAGGACUGUUUUGAUGAGGUUGUUUGGUAGAAUGGCAAGAUCCUUGGAAUGAUCACAGUUGUGUGCAUUGAUGUGCUAAGUCUUUUCCAAGGGCAUGGAGGAGGUGACUUUGGAAACAGCUGUAGCUGCUGAGUGUCAGUGCAGCUCCCUGCCCUCGUGCUGGGGCUGUCCUCUCCAUGCUGAGCUGGGUCCUGCUCCCAUCCUGGCCUGCUGCCAUUGUGCUGGGGAGGAUUGAGGUGUGCUUGUGUUGCCCUCAGCCACCAGCAUAAUGCCCUCCAGCACAGGGCAUUGAGCAGGUAAACCCAGCUCAAUCUCCCCUUUCUUGAGGCUGUUAAAUGAUGUUAAUAGAAGUAGUUGCAUCGGUGGGAGUGGUGUUAGGGGGUUUUCCCUCUUUUGCUUUGUGUGCCUUUGUCACCCAAGCCCUGGCUGGACUGCACGGUGCAGGGAACGCUGCCCACACAGCUGAAAUUCAGGCUGGGUCCCUGGGCAGGCCUGAGGGAAUGGCUCUGUUUUCCAGGAAUGUGAAGCAUCCCACCUUUGCCCUCUGCGCAAAUGCUGCCAGCAAAACUUCUGAAGUUGAUGCAGAUGUGCUGACAAAAAGCUCUUUAUCUCGUCUUCUGUACAGAGGCUCAAGCUGUAGGCUGCUGUCCCAGAGGAGCCCAAUCAGAUCCAGAUGUCUCACCAGUUGUAUGUGUUUUUUAAUCUUUAUCCCAACUUCACAUAAGGCAGUAUCUGAUUUCUACAUGCAGUCUCCACCACCCAGAAACGAAAAUACAUCUCAAGCAAAAAGCAAGACAUUCAAGGAGUGGAAGUCCUCCCAGGAGUGGAAAGAAGCACCAGAUCUCAGGUUUCUUGUCUCAGCCUCGGAGCCAGAAGCUGGGUGCAGCGGUGGCAGGGUCACUCUGGCACUUGGGAUGAUGGUUUGUUCUGCUGGGAUUGGUGAACGGCGAUCCCACCACCUCUCUGGGCACCUUGUGCCAGUGCCUCGCUGCCCCUGUAACAAAAAAAAUUGGAUCUGGGAAGAUUGGGGCCAGCAAACCUGAGCUGGGGCUGGGGAGGAGCAGGGCCAUGUGGGUGAGGAGGAGGAAGGUGAGUUAACAGCAAGGCUCAGGAGCUGGUGCUGCGUGGAGGUGAGGGGCACAGGAUGAUGUAUGGACACCAGAAGGAGUUCAAGUUUCAGAGCAAUGAUUGGUGGUGCAGGGUGACAGCCAGACGUGCUGUGUGUUGGUGUGCAGCUCCCUGCAAAGGGCUCCUUGAGUCACUCCUGUGAACCUCCUGCGCCUACAGCGGAAAGAAAAGUCAGAAACGAUGCUUUUUGGAGGGAAUGAAUGGGCAAAGAGAGGCAGUGCUGUGUCGCAGUGAAGCUGCAGAGCUCUGUACCAUUCCACUCUGUGUUUGUGCACUGCUCCUUGGAGAAUGGGAAAGCUGGAGGGGAGCGGAGGAGUUUAGGAAGUUCACAAGCAGAGCGUUUGUGUUGUUUCUGGCAUGGAAUUACCGGCUGUGAGCGUCUCUUCGUGGUGCCAUCCACCUCCCACAGCCACAACCCACCCCACUGCUCCCAUUAAGGGUGGCUUAGUAGGUUCCCGGCACAGCAAGGCUUGGGCUGUGGGUUGGGCCACAAGCAAGGUGCAGCCGGAGCCAGAACGAAGCUGAUCAGUGUGGGAUGGAGUGCUGGAGGCAGCUGCUGCUGAAAUGAGGCACAGUGCUCUGCCUGCUGCUCAGGGCCACGUGGGAUCCCCACAGAGAGCCGCUGUCCUCAGCUUUGUGCACAGAUGUGAGCAGUCACUGGUGUCCCCUCUCUGGGCAGAACACGCCGCUGACGUCUGGUUGUGGCUGCGCUAAUGCUGUGCGUUAGUCCUGAAAGAGAAAGGGGAAAGAGAGAAAAGGGUUUGUGUCUUCUCCUGACUAUGCAAAACCGAAUGAAACAGGAGACAGAGGCUACAAAUCCACCCUGUCCCAGUGCAGCCCAAAGAUAAAAGCGUUAAAAUGCUCUGUAAUUAGAGCCAGCCUCAAAGAAGACUUUCUAUGACGGCAGUAGGUCAGAUGCUCAGCUCUUACACCCUAUGGCACAGAAUGAAAGAAUGCAAUUUUUCAGCGGUGCUAGAGUUCUCAUUUGGCUCAGCAGCAGCUCAGAGGUAUUUUUCCUUUUGUAAGAAAUAGGAACUGAUUGUGAGAUUCCGACUGCUUGGGUGGCACAGGAAUUAUAUAUAUAUUUAAAUGAUGGUCUCUUCUGGCUCCUACACCUUUCAACAUAAGCACUGCCUUUUACAAAGAAACAAGGCAAAGUGAAAGCAUCAGUUAUAUGCAGCAUAGGCUCAAGCAGUUGAUUAGUACGUGUUACUCUGAAAGUUACAUCAGAGUUUGUAAGGUUGCUAAAUGGCCCCCCAGGCCCUGCUGGGUUUAGCCAGGAGCACAUGAGCUCCUACCAGACUGCAGAGGCGAGUGUUCCCUGUGCAGGUCAGCGCUCAGCUUUGAGCAUCCUGCUGAUUAAACUUGCUUUCGUGGAGACAGAGGCUCUGGGUUAUAUGGAGAGUAGAAAAGUCACAGGGCUUAGCUUAAGGGCUGAUUUCUAAUCUGGGAUGACAGCAUUCACAGCCUGUGCUAUAACCACCUAUUCAAGCUUAUUUUUGACAUUCUGCUUUUUCAGUGUUCAAACUGAAAACUCAGUUACCAGCGAUCCCCAAACGCUUCUGAAAUCAAGAGCUGAACUCCUGAAUGGGCAGCACGUGGCUGUCACCUCCUGCACCUCGCUGCUCAGAGCUCUGCAGCCUGAUCUCCUGAAGCCCUGGGCAGCCACCCCACCUCUCUGCACCUCUUCUAGGUGACACUGGGGCUGUGGCACUGAGGGAUGUGGUCAGCGGGCAUGGAGCAGGUGGGGUGUGGAUUGGGGAGCUUACAGGAGCACAACACUGCUCGGCAUCACUGGUGGUGUUUGCAGCUUUAAAAACAUGGUUUCAAGACUUGAAUUCAGGGAUGAGGCAGAAAGAAACGUGGCAGAACACAGACAGAGCCACCUGGGUUGAUGUUUGGGGAAUGUCACAGUGCAUGAGGGAGUUAGGGUAGGGGUUAGACUUAUUAGGCUUUGCGUUUGGGUUAGAGUGAGCUCGGCCUUGGGUUUGAGUUAGGGUUGGGUUCAUAACUUGCUCUGUUGGUAGUAAUGUGAUGCCAGACACGAGCUGCCAGCUUUUAGCUGUGUGUGUGAUAUUAAAGUCUGUGUGUAACGAGAGCCCGAGGACAGCCCCAAACUGUGUUCUGCUCCUGCCCAACUGUGGGUGCAGGGAACACGCUGCUGGUCCUGGGAUGUAGAGCGGGGGAGCCCAGAGCUGCAGGGCAUGCACAAUUUGGCAGGCUGGCUUGUGCAAUCAGGGCAGUGCUCUUAAAGCAAAGUUGUCUGUAAUUUCAAGAUUAAAUUUCUGAUUUGUGUGCUUGUUACUUCGAAUGGAAGAAGCUUACUGUAAAUUGAAGCAGUUUACUGUAUUGCAAAGCAAUACGUGGGCAGGGCUGUUGAUUAGUGCCCAGCUCCCAGUAACAGGUGGGACAGCAGAGCUUCUGGCACCACCUCAAGCAUUCACUGCUGAAAACAUUUAGGUCAGCACUGGCAAUGUAAGAUUUUGUUCUUCUGCUUUCACAAACAAAUGAAAAAAAAAAAAAAAGUAACAAGAAGAGAUGGAAUGGAUCCAUGCAAAUUAAAAAGCAGCAGAAACGGAACUGGGCAUUCACAGUUUCAAGUACUGGUAAGCUCUCUAUCAUAGAGGGAAUCAAAGGCAAUUUUUAAGCAGCUAUUGUGUGUUCUGCUUUGAACUGAUUGUUGUUAGUGUCUCAUUAAAAGCAGCUGAGCUGCAUUAUUCAAUUUUCCAUACUGGCCUGGAAGCCCACAGAGUGGCUGACUGCUCCGAUGGGUGGCUGUUAAACUCCUUCUGUGGCAGAAAGAAGGAACAGAAUAAAUAAUAGGCAACUGAUUUUUUCUGCCUUGGCCAGGUGAGCCAAUGCUGAAGAGCACAUAACCCCAGGGUAUUGCAUAGGAGUUGCUUUUCUGAUGCAGGGAGGUGCUGGAGAUUCCUCCCACCAUGCACUGAUUCCUGCACAGUGGUGCACUGUGAUUUUGUAGCUCAGUGUCACUGGAUCUUUUGUCCACCUUAACUUCUAGACUUUCUUUCCAUCUGUCUUUUUUUCCCUCCUUUGUAUCCAACUUCUUUUUUUCCUUCUCCUUCAGUUUCCCAACGUUCCAUCGUCUCCAUGCAUAAUAUUUUUUCCCUUCUCGUUUUUCCCUUCUGGGUUUUUCUCUUUUGUGGUACAGGAGCACAGACUUCAAGAUCAGUAUCUCCCUUCACCAUCUGCACCUUUCCAUUUGCCUGUGUUUUCAGCAUCAACUGAAAUUCCCUUUGUAUGGCUCCAGCUCGUGUGAUUGAGGAGUUGCUGUACGAUCAGGAGCAAAUUCAUCCGUGGUUGUUGAUUUCAUGCCUACGUCAUCAUGGAACAUCUCAAGUGAGCUAGAUAAAGAUUACUUCUUGACGCUCGACGAGCCGAUGAACAACAUCACCACCACUCUUGGCCAGACUGCAGAGCUGCACUGUAAGGUGUCCGGCAAUCCUCCGCCCACCGUGCGCUGGCUGAAGAACGACGCUCCCGUGGUCCAGGAGCCCCGGCGCAUCUCCUUCCGUGCCACCAGCUACGGCUCCCGGCUGAGGAUCAGGAACCUGGACACCACCGACACCGGCUACUUCCAGUGCGUCGCCACCAACGGCAGGAAGACUGUUUCUACGACCGGUGUGCUGUUUGUCAAAUUCGGUCCCCCACCAACAGCAAGUCCAGGAUCAUCGGAUGAGUACGAAGAGGAUGGUUUUUGCCAGCCCUACCGGGGGAUCGCUUGUGCACGGUUUAUUGGAAAUCGGACCAUUUAUAUGGAGUCUUUGCAUAUGCAAGGUGAAAUAGAAAAUCAGAUCACAGCUGCCUUCACCAUGAUUGGCACUUCCAGCCAUUUGUCGGAUAAAUGCUCCCAGUUUGCUAUUCCUUCACUCUGCCACUACGCCUUCCCCUACUGCGAUGAGACUUCCCCAGCUCCCAAACCACGGGACCUGUGCCGCGACGAGUGUGAAAUUCUGGAAAACGUCCUGUGUCAGACAGAGUAUAUCUUUGCAAGAUCCAACCCCAUGAUUCUGAUGAGAUUAAAGCUGCCCAACUGUGAAGAUCUUCCCCAGCCAGACAGCCCGGAAGCCGUCAAUUGUAUUCGGAUUGGGAUUCCCAUGGCAGACCCCAUAAAUAAAAAUCACAAAUGCUACAACAGCACAGGGGUGGACUACCGGGGCACGGUGAGUGUGACCAGGUCGGGGCGGCAGUGCCAGCCGUGGAACUCGCAGUACCCGCACACGCACACCUUCACUGCCAUCAGGUACCCGGAGCUCAACGGGGGGCACUCCUACUGCCGCAACCCCGGCAACCAGAAGGACGCCCCGUGGUGCUUCACCUUGGAUGAGAAUUUCAAGUCCGAGAUCUGCGACGUCCCGGCAUGUGAUUAUAAGGAUGCCAAAGAAAAGAAUAAAAUGGAAAUCUUGUAUAUCCUGGUGCCAAGUGUUACUAUUCCCCUGGCCAUAGCAUUGCUCUUCUUCUUCAUCUGCAUCUGUCGCAACAACCAGAAGUCGUCCUCCCCUCCAGUUCAGAGACAGCCAAAGCACGUCAGAGGGCAGAAUGUGGAGAUGUCGAUGCUCAACGCCUAUAAACCAAAGAGCAAGGCUAAGGAGUUGCCUCUCUCUGCUGUUCGUUUCAUGGAAGAACUCGGUGAAUGUGCUUUCGGCAAAAUCUACAAGGGACACCUCUACCUUCCAGGCAUGGACCACGCUCAGCUCAUUGCAAUCAAGACACUGAAAGACUUUAACAACCCCCAGCAGUGGGCAGAGUUCCAGCAAGAAGCAUCUCUUAUGGCCGAGCUCCACCACCCUAACAUCGUUUGCCUCUUAGGUGUGGUGACCCAGGAGCAGCCUGUCUGCAUGCUCUUCGAGUACAUGAACCAAGGAGACCUGCACGAGUUCCUCAUCAUGAGAUCACCACACUCAGAUGUUGGGUGUAGCAGCGAUGAGGAUGGAACUGUAAAAUCCAGCCUGGACCACGGGGAUUUCCUGCAUAUUGCAGUCCAGAUUGCAGCAGGGAUGGAAUACUUAUCAAGCCAUUUCUUUGUCCAUAAAGAUCUUGCGACUCGUAACAUUUUAAUUGGAGAACAGCUUCACGUGAAAAUAUCAGACCUUGGACUCUCGAGAGAAAUCUACUCAGCAGAUUAUUACAGAGUUCAAAACAAAUCUCUUUUGCCGAUUCGCUGGAUGCCACCGGAGGCGAUAAUGUACGGCAAGUUCUCUUCUGAUUCAGAUAUUUGGUCAUUCGGAGUUGUUUUAUGGGAGAUAUUCAGCUUUGGACUUCAACCGUAUUACGGAUUUAGCAAUCAAGAAGUCAUAGAGAUGAUCAGGAAACGACAGCUGCUGCCGUGCUCUGAAGACUGCCCUCCUCGAAUGUACAGCCUGAUGACGGAGUGCUGGCACGACCUGCCCUCUCGGAGGCCGCGAUUCAAAGAAAUCCACGCCAGGCUGCGUUCCUGGGAGGGCCUGUCAAGCCACACUAGUUCUACCACCCCCUCAGGUGGGAACGCCACCACUCAGACAACUUCCCUCAGCGCAAGCCCCGUCAGUAACCUGAGCAAUCCCAGGUACCCUAACUACAUGUUUCCAGCACAAGGCAUAGCGCAAGGCCAAAUCGCCGGGUUCAUAGGGCCGCCCUUACCUCAAAACCAGCGAUACAUCCCGAUCAACGGGUACCCGAUUCCUGCAGGCUAUGCCGCUUUCCCAGCCGCCCACUACCAGCCGCAGGGCCCGCCCAGGGUCAUCCAGCACUGUCCUCCUCCAAAGAGCCGAUCUCCCAGCAGUGCCAGCGGAUCCACGAGCACGGGUCACGUCACAAGUUUGCCAUCGUCAGGAUCCAACCAGGAGGCAAACAUCCCUUUGCUGUCCCAUAUGUCGAUCCCCAGUCACCCGGGCGGAAUCGGUAUAACCGUUUUUGGAAACAAAACUCAAAAACCGUACAAAAUUGACUCGAAGCAGUCUUCCCUACUAGGAGACUCGAGCAUCCACGGACCUAAUGAAUCUAUGAUUUCAGCUGAAUUGUAAAUAAGUGAGGCCUUUGUAAAUAUAACUAUUUACGAUACAAACUAGAAAGUAGUAGAAAAGAUUUAUAUUCAAAUAUUUUAUUAAAGAUUCUUCUGGUUGUUUAACAGACAUCGCAGCAAGUAUCUUCUGUGAAGUUUAACUGCUUAACAGGAUGGGCAGAGCAACCAGACAAAGAUCCUUGUGGUAUGAAUACUCAGCUUUGUGAAUGGACGCAUUGUUUCUCCAAGUGCCACCGACAGCUCCAAGAGGGGAAGGGGGAAUUUUUUUGAAGCAAGAACAUUUUAUCAUACGCUUUUUCACAGCUUGUUAAGCCUCUGAUGUGGUUUAAAUCACAGGAAUUUUUUAAUGCUGAAAACGUAUUUUAAUAUUUGUCUCUUUUUUUAGGAGAUGCAAAUAUCCGGCGAUCUACUGGGUGUGCAAUUUCAGUUCCAAUAGCUAGUUAAAAUAUUUGCAGUCGAGGAUUAUGUUUCAAGUAUGCGAACUGAGAGCUGGAUAAAUUCCUUCAGGUAGGAUUUUGGUCUUGCGUUGCGUUGGGAGUCUGAGUCCAGAUUCAGGCCAAAAAGGGCGUUUUACACGCCACAAUAGCUUGAGUUAUCAGCUUGAGAAAACCAUCUGCUAUUGGCUGCUGAAGAUGGCUGGAGUUGUAAGAAAUUGCCUUAAAGGAAAUGAAAUUAAAGUGCUUUAAUUUCAGAACCUGAAUCAACUUCUUGAAAGACAACAUUUCAUAAUUUUUAUAGGUAGAUAAAGUGGAAAUUGUGUAUCCUUUUGUUGCUAUGCAACUGUUUAAUGGAAAGGCUCCAAACCACAGUUUUAUAUAUGACAGUUUUUCCCAGUAAUAUUUAUUGUUUCAGAUCAAUACGUAAUUUCAGUGACUAUGACUCCAGUAACCCUGACAGAAGGGAAACUCGCAUUCCAUCAGGCAGCAGAUCCGUUGAUAGCAAUUUACGGUCAAUUCUAAUAAUGUGAAUUCAUUUUCAUCCUAGAAACAUGACAUGCAUUAAUUACUAAAAUGUAUUCAGGUAUGAGCAAUCUACAAUAUUCAUUUGAAACCACUUUAAUGAGUUACAGAAGUGCUGUGUACCUUAACGACUUUUCGCAGUCUCUCUUUUGUACUGAAUCGUAUUUUUUAUUGUACACAAUGGAAACAAUCUUUGCUCAGUUGACAAUGUUGUAUAAUAUGACUUUAUUUUUAUCUUUUUGCACAAAAGUGUGAUGAUGUUUUGUACAGCAGAAGUGAAAAUACAUCUCUGCAUUUUAUAUCUUGGUCUGUUUCUUUUUAUUUUUACCCUGAUGUAGAUGUUCUUGAAAUAUAUUAUGGUGAUAUUCAGCCACUACCUUAUACAAAUAUUUUUCUUUGUUUUCACUGCAUGCGUUUAAUCACUGUAUUACUUGACGAUUGAUUUAUUAAUUACGGGCAUUUCAAUUAGGCAAGCAUGAAAAUGUAAUAACAAAGGCUAUUUUAUAACGAAGAUAUGUGCAUUUUUGUAUUUCACAUGCCAGAGAUGAUAUUAAACACUGAUUAUUUUA